UGACUCAUUUUUCAGUUUACGUGUUUGGUGACGUGAAGCUGACCUAUUUGUUCUAAAAUUGUUUUUAUAAUACGCAGUUGUAAGCUUCACAAAAGUUCUUUUGUUCAUUUUUAAUUGUUUCGUUAUUACUCGUGCUCGCGAUUAAAACACUAUAUUGUGAUAUUUUUGUCUGAUUUUGUGUGUAACGUGUAUUUCAAUAAUUCGCAUUCAGUUGUAUUUGAUACUCUCCUAUAAUACAAGCUAAUUGGAAUAUUAAUAAAUUGCUUAAUUGCAUGCCGCUGUACACGAAAAGCGAAACAAGUUUUAAGAGUUGUAUGCCUUCACAUGAAAUUUUAUCUGGUUAUGUGGAUAACUCAGUUUUCAAUAAACUUUUUCCAAGACAAUUUCAACAUUGUUGUGGAAAUUUAUCGUUAACCAACGAUCUACAGAACGUUUUCAAUGAAUUAUCAUUAGACCAAAAAAUACAAUUGAUUUUGCGAAAAUGGCAACAGGAAAAACCAUCUUCAUUUCAGGAUUGUUAUCCAAAAGGAAUAUUUCAACAUUGUCAGAAGAUUGGGGAAGGAAUUUAUGGCGAAGUUUUUCUUUACAAGAAUGCAAAUGGGGGUACCACUGUGCUAAAAAUUAUUCCAAUAGAAGGAGACCAAAUAGUUAAUGGUGAAGCUCAAAAGAAGUUUGAGGAAAUUUUAUCAGAAACUAUAAUUGCUCUGGAAUUGAGCAACUUAAGAGCAAACAAGAAGAAUUAUACAGAUGCAUUUAUCGAAGUUCAGAAUCUACGCUAUAUUUAUGGAAGGUAUCCUGAAGAACUGUUAGAGUUAUGGAAGCUUUAUGAUGAAAAUAGAGGUUCUGAAAAUGACUUUCCAGAUUUAUUCACUGAUGAACAAUUAUACAUUGUUUUGGAAACAGGAUAUGGCGGCAGUGAUCUAGAAUCAUUUAUAUUUGAUGAUGCCUCCCAAGUUCUAUCAAUGUUUAAACAGAUUGCCUGUGCAAUGGCAGUUGCUGAAGUGGAAUUAUGCUUUGAACAUCGUGAUUUGCAUUGGGGUAAUAUUUUAAUAUCUCAUGUUCCACUGGACAAGGAAAUAUUUUUUGUUCUAAAUGGACAAGAAAUAGCAGUACCAUCUUGUGGCAUUAAAGUUUCCAUCAUCGAUUUUACAUUUUCAAGAAUAUCCAAGAACGGUUUAGACAUUUGCAAUGAUUUAGGGAAGGAUUGUGCUAUAUUUACUGGUAGGGGAGACUAUCAAUUUGAAAUAUACAGACUAAUGCAGAAGAAAAAUGGAAAUGAAUGGCAUCAUUUCGAUCCCUAUUCCAAUAUCUUGUGGUUGAGUUAUGUUUUGGAAAAAACAAUAACGUCUCUUCAUUUCAAAAACGAGCGUACAAAACUGCACAAGAAAUCAAUGAACAAACUGAAAGAAUUGAAUCUGGAUAUUUUGGGAUAUGACAGUACAAGAGAGUUAGUCCUUAGUUUGUUUGAUAAAAACUUUUUAUAGAUUUUUACAUAUACAUUUAACAUAUCAUAAGUAAUUGAUAAGCAAAAUUAUAUUUCUUUAUGACUAUUUUUGUAACAUUUAGAAUAUGUUUUAACAAAUAAAAGUAAUUGGAUUGUUA